AUGGCAGAAAUGGCCCUUGAAAAUAGUAUAUUUGAUCCAGAAUUAUUGAAAAAUUCCUACACCGACGAAUUAAUCAUGGGAAUGAAAGAUUUUUAUAAAUUUAAAUUGAGACCUCUGUGUGCAACUGACAUGAAUAAAAGUGAGAAUUUGUAACAAUUAUUACAAUGGGUAGAUGUAUAUGUUUGGUAUACCCUUUUAUAAAUACCAUUUAAAAUUUUUUUUAUAGGAUAUGUGGAACUAUUGUCUCAACUCACCUCAACAGGACACAUUACUGAACAAAUGUUUUUGAGUAUGUUUUUUUUUUUUUUUUUAAAUUUAAUUAUGGUUGGACAUUAUGUAUUAUUGUUUCAGAUAAAUUUUAUGAGAUGAAAAAUAAUGUUGGUACAUAUUAUAUUACUGUCAUUGAAGACACUCAGAUCAAUGUAAUAGUGGCAUCUGGUUCUUUAGUUUUGGAAAAAAAAUUCAUACAUUCUUGUGGCCAAGUAAGUGUAACAAUAUUGUUAUUUUAAAAAUUUGUUCUUACUUUCAAAUUAUAUUAAUUGAUGAAUUAUUGGUUAAAGCGAGGUAGAAUUGAAGAUGUCAUUGUGGACGACUUAUACAGAGGAAAAGGAUUUGGUAAACUGUAAGUACCUAGUGAUAUAUUAUCAUUUAUUAUAAAUUCAUAAGUACCUAAUACUUUAAAUUUUAUAAAAAAAAUUUAAGUCUUUAACAAUAUCAAUUAUAUUUCAUUCGUGUAUUACAACAGUGUUGUAAAAAAAGUUUAUUGUAAACCCUUAACUAAAUUGUUUUGAAUUGUAAAUCAUUAAAUCAAUUUCAUAUUUCAAAGAUAAUUUUUUUCCUUCAACAAUUUAUUGAUGUGGAUACAUUUGUUAAAUUGAUGUAUUUAGGUAUUAAAAAAAAUAUGAUGAUUUUUGUUUAUAGUUUGUAACUAACUUUCAAUGUUUGAUUGAUAGUUUUAAUUACUUUUUAUGUUACAGUAUUGUUCAAAAUUUGAUCGCUCUAUCUCGUAUUCUAAAUUGUUACAAGAUUUCAUUGGAAUGUAAAGAUACUAAUGUCAAUUGGUACUCUUCAAUGGGAUUUAUUACAGAACAUGGAAAUUCUAAUUUCAUGCAAAUGAGGCAUGACGAGUGA